AUGCAGCCGUCGUACUUGCCGCCGUUGGUCAUCCCGCAGAAGAAGGGAAGAGAGCCGAUCUUGCUUGUGCGAUACCGGGAGCCGUCUCUCGAACAACAGUUUGCGCGCUGGCGGGCAUCACAACAUCAGCAACUCAACAACGUACCGCCGCCACCCCCAUAUCCGGGUCGCCAAGCAUCACCACCACAGACGAUGGUAGGGAGAGGGAUGAUGUUUGCACAGCAGACGUUGGUGAAAGCAGUGCCACAAGUGCCGGUGCAAGCAAAGGAAGGACCGCAGAAGGCUGUGUCACAAGUUGCGAGAGAGGGGCCACGACAAAGAGCUCAACCACAGGAUGGAAUGCCAGCGAGGAUAACAAAGCAAGCAGCUCAACAAAAUUAUCCUCCUCCUCCUCCUCCUCCUCCUCCUCCUCCUCCUCCUCCUCCUCCUCCUCCUCCUCCUCAUCAUCAUCAUCAUCAUCAUCUACAACGUUCCGUUCAAUCAGCAGAACCAGCACGAGUGAGACCGCCUAACUAUCCGCCCCCUCGUCCACCUUACGAACCGCAACAACGGCCGAACAAAGCACCUGCUAGCCAACCAAACCCAACAAAACCUCUCCCCCUCCCACCAACCAUCUUUCUCCCUGGCGCUGACGAAGACGUUAUUCCCUCCAACACACCCGUCAUGAAGAAGCAGCCGCGACCUGCUGAAUACGACACUCAACCCGACCUCCAACCCCUCUCGACACUUCCUGUCAUUCAACAAGGCGACUCGGACAAGGAGGUCGUUCCUCCUCAGGGAGUUACCUCACCCGGAGGAAGUGGGGAAACAGAGCAGUUGGAUGAGAUCAUGGAGGUGUUUGAAUUCCAUUAUCCUUGUCUGCUGCCGCCGACAAGUGUGAGUGGAAGGAGAGCGGUUAGUUGGGAUGCUGCUGCCAGUGGGGCUGCAAAGGCACCUGGGGUUGGGUUGAGGAGGUACCGAGGAUCAUGUGCCAUUCCGAGGAGUAUGAGGAGGGCGGCGAGGAGGGUAAGUGUUAAGGGGCAAACUGAGGGCGGGAAUGGAGCGAAGUCGGGGUCACACUCUGGGGAGGGUAAAAGCAUUGGAGAUAGGGUCUCUGGUUGGGCGACAGAAGGGAAGGUGCAUGUCGUGCAGGCUACUCAGCCUGGGGUUAUGGUUAAAAACGGUCUGGACUCUGAGAGGUGUGGUCCUGCCCAAGAGGACGCUUCCCACAAAAGUUUUAAGGUGGAUGUGCGGCCUCAAGCGGCAGUUUUGCAGCAUGCUUCUCCUGCUAUCCAAGACAGUACCAGGGCCCCAGUGCAAGUGGCAGUGCAUGAAUCUUCCCCUCUAAAACCUCACCAUGAAGCCCUCGUCCAGCUUACGAAUCCCCCUGGCCUGCGGGACAGCGGCGUUUCCAUGGGAGCUUCGAUUCCCCCGCAAGCCGAACGCGAGUGGUCUUUUUGUCAGAAUGGUGACAGAGACUCGGACAGCUUCUCGCGUGCGCCUACCCUCAUAGAGGGACAUGGUCUGCCGUCGCGAGAGGAGUUCCAACCUGUCGUCAGCUCCCCUUCAGCCUCUCCCUCGCCGUCACCAGUGUCAUCUGCCACGUCGGUCGACUCAUACACUGAGUUUUGUCGGAAUAUGCCCUCGGCUUCUCUCCCUGACUCUGUACCUGCUGGGCAGACAGGGGGAAUACAGCAGGGUGUUGGGUUAGUUCAGAGUACAGAUUCGCUAGGUCAGCCUUGGGAGAGACAAGAAGAAGAGGACGAUGAGUAUGUCUCGGAGAGUGUCUAUGAUGAGGACGAAGAUGUUGGGAAUACCAGUUCUGUUUUGGAAGAGUAUGGCAAUCGGGAAAGACAGGCACUGAGAGAACUCUGGGGAGCAUUGGAUAAGCUGUUAAGGACCGAAGGACAGGACGGCUUGGGGCAGUUUGAUGAUGGGAGCACAAUUGGAACAGGGACAUGGGGCGGAUGA